GGGAGAAGAGGAUUUGUCUGAGGCAGAGGCAGAGGCGCCCGUCAAAGCGAGCCGGAGUCCUCUGAGGGAAGGUGGGAGCCUCCGUCCGCCUGGCCUCGGUUGAACCCCUCAGCGGCAGCAGGAGGAGGAGGCUCCAACAAGGCCGGUGCACUGGGCUGGGCUUCUCCUUGGUGGGGCGGUGGCCGGCCCUCCUCCUCCUCCUCCUCCCUGCCGCCCCGUUGCCCUCUCGGCCCUCCUCCUUCUACUCUGGGCUGCCGCCGCUGCUGCUGAGGGGAUUUGGGCGCCGGGGAAUUUCUCGCCCUGCCGCCGCCGCCGCUUCAUUUUGGGGUCCAAAGGUGAGCUGGAAGAAAAGAACCUCAAGGCCGCGCGACCACCACCACCUUCCUCCUCCUCCUCCUCCUCCUCGUCGACAUGUCGGGCCAGUCGAUCACGGACCGGAUCACGGCAGCGCAGCACAGUGUCACCGGCUCGGCCGUCGCCAAAGCCGUCUGCAAGGCCACGACCCACGAAGUCAUGGGCCCCAAGAAGAAGCACCUCGACUAUCUUAUUCAGUGCACAAAUGAGAUGAAUGUGAAUAUUCCACAGCUGGCAGACACACUUUUUGAGAGGACAGCAAACAGUAGCUGGGUAGUAGUGUUCAAAGCUCUAAUUACAACACACCACCUCAUGAUGUAUGGAAAUGAGCGUUUUAUCCAAUACUUGGCAUCUCGAAAUACCCUGUUUAAUCUCAACAACUAUCUGGAUAAAAGUGCCAUGCAGGGCUAUGAUAUGUCUACCUUCAUCAGACGAUACAGCAGAUACUUGAAUGAAAAAGCACUUUCUUACAGACUUGUAGCAGUUGAUUUCACCAAAAUGAAAAGAGGGAUUGAUGGUGUGAUGAGAACAAUGAAUACUGAAAAACUUCUGAAAACACUCCCAAUUAUUCAGAAUCAACUAGAUGCACUUCUCGAUUUUGAUGCAAACCCAAAUGAACUAACGAAUGGUGUAAUAAAUGCUGCUUUCAUGCUCCUCUUUAAAGAUUCCAUUAGACUUUUUGCAGCCUAUAAUGAGGGGAUCAUUAACUUGUUAGAAAAGUAUUUUGAUAUGAAGAAGAACCAGUGCAAAGAAGGUCUGGAUAUUUACAAAAAAUUCUUAGCCAGAAUGACCAAAUUGUCAGAAUUUCUCAAAGUGGCAGAGCAAGUUGGAAUUGAUCAGGGUGACAUUCCAGAUCUUACUCAGGCUCCCAGCAGUCUGCUUGAAGCUUUGGAGCAGCAUCUGGCUUCACUGGAAGGGAAGAAGACAAAGGAGGUUUCAGCUGCUAGCAGAGCAAGCACCCUAUCCAGUGCAGUUUCUACACUUGCCAACACAGGAAUGUCCUUCACUAAAAUGGAUGAAAGAGAGAAACAGCAGGCAUUGGAGGAGGAGCAAGCUAGACUUCAAGCACUGAAGGAACAGCGAUUGAGAGAGAUUUCUGUGGUGUCAAAUUCAACUUCUACAUCUGCCUCUCCAAGCACUUUAUCAGGGAAGAGUGUAAACACCAAUGCUGCAGCUGUUGACCUAUUUGCAACACCUGCUCCAACCACCAAUAGCAUGCCCAACCUUUCUACUGAUCUCUUUGAUCUCCAACCUGCAUUUGUUCCAACGGUACAGAGUACUCCAGCCAUAGCAACAUCAGCAGGCAGUGCCUGGGGAGGAACUUUCUCAUCCACAAAUGGUUGUGUUGGGUCUCCACCCCACCUGGACCUCUUUGAUAUGAAGCCAGUUGAAGAAGCUGUAAAAAGUACCACCCCUUUUGUGACAUCCUCCUUUACCUCCAAACAAACAGUGGAACUGUUUAGUGGAUAUCCCCUUAAUUCGGUACCACAGAAUACUGCCUCUUCAACAGUCAGUGUGGAUUUUGAUGCUGUAUUUGGUGGCAAAUCAGCAGUACAAGAAUUUAGAACUGCAACAGAUGAUGUAUUGCAACCAACAGUACAAGCUCAAAAUCAGAGAGUAGCUUUAAUUGGUCAGCACAGUGGGAAGAUUUUGGCCAAUGACCUUGAUUCUUCACUUGCUAAUCUGGUUGGAAAUCUUGGCUUUGGAGGAACACCAUCGAAAAAAUCUGAUAUGCAGUGGAAUCAACCUACAGAGAAGAAACUUACUGGUGGAACCAACUGGCAAGCGAAAACAAGCACCUCAACUACAUGGAAUACUGUCCCUAUUCCUCCUGCUCCACAGAUGGUACCUGCUCCAGUAACCUACCCACUGAAUACACCUCAAGUGCCUGUGUAUGGAAUGGUACCUGCUCAGAUUGGAGCUACUCCUAUUAUGGCACCCCAGCCUAUGAUAUAUACCCAAACCAGCCUAAGGCCAACAAAUCCUUUUGCACCUAUCUCUGGAACACAGAUACAAUUUAUGUAGACCCGCCAAAGCAGCAAGACACUUUGACAACCAAAUAUUGGUAGAAAGAAGACAGAACUUUUGAACUGCGGUCCCCACAAGGGCACAUACCUGCUUCCCAUACAAUAUCAAUUACUUCGAAUUGCUGUGCUUUAGAGAUUACUGUUAUGUCACUAUGGUAUGAAAUCAUGUUUGGUUUUGGAUAGCAUAAGACUGUUUUCAGUGGAAAGCUGAAGUAUUCUGAAGCUGAAGGUCAGCAAAGUAUGUAAGGAGAAUCCUGACUUUCCCUUUUUAAAUAAGAGCUUACUUGGAAACUCUUUGCAGCAUUUCCAUGCAACAGCUAGCCUCUAGUAAGCUAGUGGAGGGUAUAAUUAUUCUAUUUAUUUUCUCCCAGAAUUCUGCGGCCGUUGUUACCAUGGCACCACUUAAUGAAGUUGAGCAAUAAACCUUUCAGAUACUCUUAAGCAGUACCUGAUACAAUAAGACUCUGAGAAGAAUCUUGCAUUAUCAGAAAUGCCAAUAUUCUGCUUUUUCUCAUGCUAGACUAGCUUCUUCUAAUUCACAAAUUUUGUACUGUGAGUUUUAAAUGCUGUGAAUCAACUUUUAACUAAAUGUAGGCCAUUAACAGAAAACUAUAGUCAAUUGGCAUUUCAGCAGAGCGUUGCCUUGCCAAGUGGUGGAGCUAUGCUUUGGCAGAGACUUGGGCACCUGACCUAUUCUGAAGAAAAUAGUAUCUUACAAAGUAGAGUGUGUGCAGUCCUGGCAUGGAUGGCAAUAGCUGCACUUCCUUAUGCAGCCUCUUAUGUACAGAUAGCAGCAUCAUUUCAGACUUUAGGUAGUUGCCUUCAUGUCCCAGAAAAAAGUCUGCAGGUGGCCAGCAGCAAUGAGUCUGGGAAGUUUUUUGCCCUUAAUUUAAGAUGUAGGGCACCAGCAUUUUCUUAGUCAUUCAACAUUUACAGUGCUGCACUUUAAGAACUGGAAAAUUGUGUUCCUGAGCUCCUCUAUCCCUCUAUAGCUUGCGAUCCAUGUUGUGGGUAAAGGAGCAAAAGAAAUUUUUUAAAGGGCCAGUCACUACAUAAAACAAACUUUUUUGGGGGGGGGGAGGAGUGUAAAUAUUUGUAAACCCUGAAGUACAAAAAAUAUAUAUCUAGUACUGCAUAAUCUUUUCUUCUUCUUUGUAACACAUUCAAAAUGCAGAUAUUGUACUGCUUUAAGACAUUUAGCUCAAAUUUCUUUUGUAUUGAAAAGUUCAGACCAUUAUCCUUCAAGAUACUUAAGAUAUUAUUGCAGUGUAGGAGAAUGUAAGAUGGUCCAUGAUUUUCAAACCCAAUGCCCCAAAAUAAUGAAAGGAUUACCUUAAACAUUUUUUUAAAUUUGUCAGAUGGAGUCCAGGGCAUACCUAUGAGGGGAGAUGGCAAGCAAAAAAUGAUUAUUGUUAUUUAUUUUUUAAAAGAACAUUUUAACUGAAGAAAGCGUGCAAACUGGUUCUUUCCUUUCUAUCACUGCUAUGAUGAUUUUCUUGUCUUGAGCUCAUUGCGGUAGCAAUAACAGCAAAAAGGUUCUCUCUUAAAUGUCAAUGUGGCUUUCUUUCAUUAAGCUUGCCCCUUUUUAUCAUUUUAAACAUUUUGCAGCACUUGAGCUUGAUCUUCCAAGUGUUUUUGCCAAGUUAUUGGCCCUUGUUCCGUGGGAAGGGAUUUGCAGAAACAAAAAGUACUUUUGUGGCUCAGGCUGUGUCAAAUUCUAGAAAACCAGUCUUUUCCCUGUAAGUGUCUUUUGUGUUUGUUAAUAUUGUGCCAAGAAUGUAAAUAUAUAUAUAUGCUUGCUUCAAGAAAGAUAUACUUGUUUUGUCAAACUAAACAUGAUUUUUUAAAAAAAGAAUCAUUUUUUUACAUAUGUGUUUGCAAUUUGUAACCACUAACUUUGUAUGGAUUAAAUGUUGCAAGUUGGAAAAACCGUUUCAGACCAAAUCUUGGACAUGUACUGGCAAAGACAUAAACUGGAUGCAUGUACAGUAAUUAAAUGUGGAAAGUGAAUUUUCAAGGGCUUUGGGCUUUAAUGUACUCUCCUGGUUUGUCCAAAACCAAUAUUUAUUGUAGCCCUAUACAAGCUGGAGCAGCUUACUUAAAGGCCUUGUUUUAGUUUAUAUUCUAGUGAGUUAAUUCAAAUGAUCCUCAUUUAGGAUUAUAAAUCAUGCUUCUAACCAAUUUUCUGUCUUUUAAUCCAGUUUGGACCAGUACAUAUAUUUAAAUUACACAGAUUUUAUAAUAACUAGCUAAAAUGUUUGAUCUCAGAGGCUGUGACCAUGUAAAGUUUGGGGCUGUAAAAUAGGCAGCAACCUUUUUUUAUCCCCCAGAUAUUAUUUUCUAAUAAUUCAGUUUAACUGUGUUUAAUUUAUUGCAUUUACUGGCCGCAGUCUUACAGCAGGGAACUUCAUGCAAUACCCACCUCCUCAGAGAGAGGGCAGCUUCAACUCUCAAAAUGAAUGGGUUUAUGUAUGUUGUUUUAUGUGCUUUCUACAACAUUAUACAGUAAUCAUUGAUGUAUCCAUUAAAAUCAGAUUCAAAGCAUCAUAAUAAUCACAAUAGUCCCAUGGUAGCAUAAGCCCCCAAUAUUUACACAUUCUUGCUUCUAUUCAUAUGCAAUUUAAUUCGUUAAGGAAGACCAGAUUUCAUAAUUUCUCUUUUCGUAUCUAACUUGCCAGUUCAGUGACCUGAACUCAAAAUGUUUCUGAGUAUGUGCAUCUUCUCAUGCUUACAAUCUUUGUAAGCAGUGUGAUACUUGCACAACCUAAUUUAACCUUUUCCCUACAACAAAUGUUUGGGGUUUUCCCCAUGCUCGUACAUGAAGGUAACCUUGUAAACCCUAGUAAUGGCAUUACUGUUAACCUGUAAUGAUUAUUUGAGGAAUUCUUUUUAAGAAUUGUUGCCCACUAUACUGGUGUAAUUUGGUCAGAUUCAGUUUUACAUUCUGUCUCCAAUAAACCUAAACUUGGAGGUUGUGCUUUUAUCCUAUAACCAAGGACUUUGAUUUUAUAAUAAAUGAGCUUUCUAGACAA